CCCUCGGCACACUACAUGGAACUUCAUCAAAACUUACAAUGGCGGGAUAGAAGAGAGCUCGUCGACCGCUUUCUAUCGUAUUCUAUAAAAUUCCGCAUUCCCAUGGAGACUGUGUUCCUGGCAAUCAACUUUGUAGACCGCUUCCUUUCCAGGAAAUGCGCUGGUAAACAUCUUGAAGUCUUAGGCUCAGUAGCUUUCACACUAGCCGUCAAGUACGAGACACCUGACGUGCAUGAGAAAGAAACGGAGACUUACCUUUCUGUUCUUCAUGAUUUAGGGGGGUUUGGCAAAGGAUAUAGACCGAGCGAUAUUUCAAGCAUAGAGAGGCAAUUGCUGGGAGCGCUAGAUUAUUUACUCGGAACACCUAGCCCCUUUUUCUUCCUGCGUCGCAUGCAGAUUCUCGACAAAAGUAGUCAAGACAUUUUGACAAUAGCACAAUAUCUUGCAGCAAGCAGUAUGUUGUACGAAGAGUUCCUUGGGAUCAGGCCUAGUCAGAUUGCCUCUGCAUCAUACUUCCUCGCCGAGUCACUCCUG